AAUAUUCAUUUUUUGAAGGUGCGAGAUUCAUUUCAAAUCGUCGUUCGGCCUCAAUGCCAUCAUGGCCAGCUCUCAGUGCGGAUAUACUCAUUCGAAGCCCUUCGAUGAGGGCAUGCUGACUGUCAGCGACAUACACAAACUGCACUACGAGCAGUAUGGCAAGGAAGAUGGUAAACCAGUGUUGUUUCUCCACGGAGGCCCCGGUGGAAACACCUCCAAGGGCAACACCAUAUACUUCAACCCCUCUGUGUAUCGGGUUGUUCUUUUCGACCAGCGAGGCGCUGGGAAAUCCACGCCUCUAGCCGAACUGCGUGAAAAUACCACGCAGCACCUUGUCUCGGAUAUUGAAAUUUUGCGAAAGCGUUUAGCGAUUCCUAAAUGGCACCUUGUCUUCGGGGGUUCUUGGGGCUCCACUCUGGCACUCUUGUAUGCGCAGGAAUAUCCACACGCCGUUGGAUCGCUAGUUGUGCGGGGAAUCUUUACAGUAAGACGCUCAGAGGUGGGAUUCCACAGGGGCCCUGUUGGUGCUUCUCAGCUUUUUCCGGAGGCAUACGAGGCCUUUGUCAAUUAUCUGCCGGAGGAAGACAGGAAGGAGCCGAAUACAGCCUACUAUAGGCUUCUCACGUCAGACGAUGAAUCGACCCGACUCAAUGCAGCGAGAGAGUGGAAUAGAUGGGAUCUCAGUACUGGGUCUCUGAAAACGGACCCAGAUACGUUCAGGACGUUGGAGGAUGACGAUUGGUCCCUGCCGCAUGCCCGACUCGAAGCGCACUAUUUUAUCCAUGGGGCCUGGCUGGAAGAAGGUCAUAUUCUGAAGCCGCAGCGCAUGGACCAAAUUCGGCAUAUUCCGGGUUAGCACAUUCUUUCUUCCACGUUUCAUGCAUUGAGCUCGAGCACUCUAAUUGUUCCCAUAACAGUCACGAUCAUCCAAGGGCGCUAUGACGUUGUCUGCCCACCGCAAACGGCCUGGGACUUACAUAAAGCCUUGCCUCAUUCUCGAUUAUUCUGGAUCCCAGAUGCUGGCCAUAGUGCAAAGGUGAGAGACGAUCUGGUAUCUCCACGAGUGACGAUUAACCCUUUCCCAGGAGCCCGGCAUCCAGAGGAAGUUGAUCGAGGUGUGUGAUGAGUAUGCCAAUCUGGAAAUGUAGUCAUUCAGGACGGAUGUAUACCGAUUUCCCAGCUUUAAUGGUCCAACGUAUCCGAUCGGAAGGGAAUAUGCGCAGGUAACAGCAGAGAAAGCUGAUCUUGGUACGAGUAAUGCAGGCAGUGUAGAAGAUCUCUUGGAUGUAAAAAAUCUAGCAGGGUUAGUCGGGUCCCUUCAAGCAUACUCGGCGCCAGACAUAGAGAAUUUUGGUGAUGUGGUGGAACCGGAGUGUCCAGAUAUCUUCACCCAAGCCAGCGUUCCCAACUGAUGCAGUUGUCAGCGUGAGUGUGCUGCUGCCAAAGAAACGGUUGCACUUACGCAAGAUCGGGCUGAGGUUAACCGGUAUUAUGAUGCGCUCCGACAUUUGCUGGAGAGCUCAAUGAAGGAUGGAAUUCAACUUACACCGAGCACAAUGGCUGUCCAGUCAUCCCAGUCGAGUUGCUGCUUCGUGACCACCAGGCGCGUAUAUAGCCUCGAAGGGAAUGAAUAGGAGAACAAAGAAG